UUACUUCAAAUUUAGCUUAAGCUUUCUGUGAUAUGGUACCACACAGGUGUUAUCAACUGACUGUCUGCAUCUGCCUUUGAGUCAUUUAGUAAAACCUGGAAUAUUGGCAAACAAGGCGCUAUCGGUGAAUGAGCACACCUGAUUGUCAGAGUCAUAAAAAGCGUGUGGGUGUGUGUCUGAUUAAAGUCUACAGUUCUUAAAAGCCAACUGUAAAAAAACAAAAACCCAAACAAAAAAAAGCAUGCUGUUCCUAGUAGUCUAUCAUGUAAUAUGUUGACAAUUAUGUCUGUUUAUUUAUCAGCACUUAGACCGAUCAACGUGUUCUUGGACUGCGCGCCAUUAUCUGAGUCACUUGGCGUUCCCACAGCUUCUCUUUUUUGCCUUUUAACUGUGUGUGUGUGUGUGUGUGUGUGUGUGUGUGUGUGUGUGUGUGUGUGGCAUAGAUUGAAAAAAAAACUUAACAUUUAGGAUUUGAUCUUUUUACUUAUUAAAAACACACAAUAUCAGCAUUUUUUUUUUUUUAAAGUAUUUGACAGCAAGCAAAUUAUUAAGCAGUGUUUAAUGAGUGUAGAUAAAAAAAAAAAAUGCUUACUGACUCUCUAGUCUGUUCGGAUGGAUGUGUCAGGUACACUCAGUAGCCACUUUGUUAGUUGCCAGUACCAGGUUGGAGAACUGUCUUAAUUCUACGUGGCACAGAUUCAGCAAGGUGCUGAAAACAUUCCUCAGAGACUUUGGUCCACACUGGUAUCAUCACACAGUUGAUGAUGAAUUGUUGGCACAGUCAUGAUGUGAAUUUCCUGUUCCACCACAUCUCAAAGGUGCUCAGUUGGAUUAAGAUCUAGUGACACUGUAAGCCAUUUGAGCACAGUGAACUCCUUGUCAUUUUAAAGAAACCAGUUUGAGACUUUUUGAGCUUCAUGACAUGGUGUGUUAUUCUGAUGGAAGCAGCCAUCAGAAGAUGGGAACAGUGUGGUCACAAAGGGAUGGACAUGGUCAGCAUCCAUACUCAGGUAGGCUGUGGCAUUUAAACAAUGCUCAGUGGACUAAGGAGACCAAAGUGCUUAAAGAUUGCACUACCAAAAUUGAGGUCUAAUUUUGGUGAGCCUGUAGAUUCAGUUUCUUGUUCUUAGCUGCCAGAAAUGGCAUCUGGUGUAGUCGUCUGCUGCUGUUGCUUAUCUGCUUCAACGUUCAACGUGUUGUGCAUUUGGAGAUGUUCUUCUACAUACUUUGGUUGCAGCAAGCGCUUUUUUUAGUUGCUCUUCUUUUCUGUUGUAUCAAAGCAGACUCGCCAUUCUACUCUGGCAUAAACAAGGCAUUUUUGCUCAGACAGCUGUCGCUCACUGGUAAACCCUAAAGAUGGCUGCGUGGGAAAAUCCCAGUAGAUCAGCAGUUUCUGAAAUACUCUGACCAGCCUGCUUUCUUUCCAUUUUGAUGCUCAGUUUAAACUUUUACAGGUCAUAGUAACUAUGUCAGGUGUAUCUAAUAAUGCAUCAUAUAUAUUAUGUGUUUAUAUUAUGUAGGAAUAUGAGAAAUCUGACAUGAGUAUAAUGUACAGCAGCCAUAAUUGUUGUAAUCUGUUCUUUUCAGUCUGAAGUGGGUUUCCCUUUGUGUUCCUGAUCUUAUAACAAGAACAAGAGUGCAUUUUUAGAACAGUCAAUGAUUUCAAGAAACCACUUGGCUCUAGUAACUUGUGUUUUGAGCAUUCAAAUUUGUGAAUACUCCCAAGCUGAAUAUGUUUGGUUUGUUAUCUUUGGAUAAGGGAUUCAUGCAUUACAAGUUCUAUGACUCAGCUGUGUUCAGUAAUAAACUCAGUUUUCUUCCAAAAGUUUCUUCUGAGUCCCUGGGGCAGCUUGAGAGAGAGAAAGAGGUGUGUUUUUUCAAAAUAGAGUAAUUGUCCCUUUAUCGUGUGUUAUUUUAUUCUUUUUGUAACAUUAAUGCAAAUGCACUGUUUUAGGCUCUUUGAGUUUAUGUUGAUGUAGAUGUGUAAAUAUUUUUGACAGAGAAAACAUGAAGCAAUUUUUAAAAAAAGUUUUCUUCCAAUAACUGUGCAAGAUGUGAAGGUUUAAAACAUUAAAUGCAAUGACUGUAACCGCUGUAUUUUGAAAAAUGAACUCGGCCAAACUGAAUCUCAAAGCACAGGCAGACUUUUUAUUUCACAACAAAUCAAUACAAUAACUUUUGUAACAGCUUAGUCCCAUGUACAAAAUAAACUUGUCAAGAUGGUGAAACAGAGAAAGCCGGUCUUUGUGUGUCACUAAUAUUGACAGAUUUCUCUUUUCUCCUGUUGAAAGUUCUUUGUUCUCAUAAACUUGAUUCCCUGAUUUCUUAUUAUUCACUUUGGAUGAUGUGUGCACAUUCAUCAUUUUAAGAGCUUAGUUUCUUUUGGAGUUAUGCAAUCUUCUGUGCUGUGUCCCCAAGCAAUGCAUGUGUGAGGGAAUGAUCUAUGUGUGAUGCGAGUGCUGGCAUGCCUCAAGAUUUCUUUCAUUUUUUGAGGAGUCUGUAAGAUAACAUUCUGUGGUUAAAAUGCCAGUAAAUUCAUGUUUAUAGUAAGGCGUAAUAAGUUGUCUUUUACUUGACAGGCACAUUUCUCUUCAGAUAAGACUGCUUAUCUUCUGCGGUAGAUAUGUAGUUGCAUCUGUUAAUUGACAGCUGUGCAUCUGCCAACUGGGAGUAUUUGUGCUCGCUGUUCCUGGCCCACCUCGAUAAUGAUGACGAAUUGGAGGGGUUGAUUUGGGCCAACAUAAACAUCAUGCAGGUGUCUAUGGCGCUAAACCAAGGAAUGAUUUCAUUUUACCACCUUGUACACAGCAGAGGUGGGCAAGACACAGAAUCGGACAAAAAAUGUGUGUUAAUGUGUGCGUUAGAGAAAGAAAGCACAGCGCAGAUAGUGAGAUGAAGGACUGGUAGAUGAGGUUGUCCACAGGCACUAGUAUACUUGUACUUUUAUUGUCCAGAAAGUAAAUACUUUUACUCUUUUUUUUUUUUUUUGGCAGAACAAACUACAGUAGAAUCACUAGAUCCGGGUCUAUUUUUCUCUGUAACACGAUGACGUUAUUCGUUUCCUGUUCAGGCCCUUCAAAACUCCACAGAUACUUGAGGAGGUCUGUUCCUCCAUGUCUGGCCCCUCCCUCUCUUUACUGCUUUCAGUGGUGUCAGUGAGAAAAAUGGCAGCAUUAUGCAACUGACAGCCCCGAGAGGAGGCUUUUUUCCCCUUAUUGUGCUGCUGUGUGCAAAACACUCUAAGACCGUGGAUAAACCCGCCUGGUUACAGCCUCUGUGUAGCCUCUUUGUGAGUGCUCAGUCUAGUCCAGAGUACCUUUCUAACAUAGCAGCUCACCUGGUGACUCAGAGCAGUGCUUUAGCAGACAUCUGGUCCUGCUUGGCCCCAUUCAGGUCCACCUGGACACUUUUAUAGGAACAGCCUACACCUUAAUUAAAUGACAUGCCUUUAUUCCUACCUGUUGCUUCUAAAGCUUGACCUUAAAUGCAGAAUAAGUUCCUAUGUUCAGGUCUACGCUUCUGCUUCCUCCACCUGGCACAUCAAGCUGUUUAGGGUUUCACCUGGACUGCCACAGAGCAGUUUGUAGAGUACAGCACCUGCUAGUAACCACGGGUGUUACAGACGAUGUCCCAUUGUUGAGGAGAAAAGGAGGGCUAUCUUGUUAUCCGUGUCGCAGAGCUAUUGUUAGUGUCUGUUAGCCAAUCUUCUCAGAUUAACACAGUAGUGCCGCUUCAUUGUAUACGUGUGGGGGGUUAAAUGCUUGGUGAGAAAGAGAAAGUGCAAAGGAAAGUUAUAGCCUAGGCUACCAUGUGGCUGCACGUUUCACCAAUUGUUGUGAACUAUAAUGGCCUCAUUGUAUUUAAUUUCAGUUCCAUAUUUUCCUUCUUUACCUGCAUUUAAAAGCAAUAGUCCUUGCUGACAUAUUAGAAAUAGAAGAUAUGCUUGUUUUCACCUCUUGUAAUCUCCAACAAUAUAACACAAUGUUGUUUGUUUGUGGUUCAUGUGAAUGAGUGAGAACCAGCACUGGCCACUUUAAGGAAAGAGCCAAGAUAAUCCCUCCCUUAUAAGCCUGCGUAUAAUGAGAUUUAGGAGUUUUGGGUCGUUGCCAGUUCUUACUGUCCUAUCCAGCCAUGCUUGGCCCAUGUGUCAAGCAGCCUGGAGGAACUACCUUGGAUUCUGUUGACCUAUAAUGUGGCAUGGAGACAUCCCAUUAGGGAGUUUCAAGCCAAAAUUCCUCAGUCUGCUUUUUUGUCUUUCAAGUGGUUUUGCUUUUCCCCUGCUUUUCCGUCGUUUUGCAGACAUGGUUUUAGCAACACAACAUUCUGGAGAUAAAUGUUCUGCAUUAGCUAAGGAAGAAACCACCUCUCUUUAACUUUGUCAUUCUCAGCUGACACAGAUUUCAUACUGGAGAUCUGCACUUUGAGUGAUACUGGAAUAUCUUAAUUGUAACAGAGCUCAGUGUAACACUGCAAAAGUGUGUGAUAGAGACAGGACAGACUGGGAGACGAGGGAGACUGGUUGUGUGAGCCUGAGGCAACGGGUGGAGGCUGCACUAUGUCCCUGCAGGAAGAAGGCUGACUUGCACAAAGAGACGCUCACAUGAGGGAGGAGGAGGAGGUGAAACGGAGGGAGUGGCAUCUGAACAGGCGGCACUUCUCUACUGAGCAGCGCAGAUGAGUACAGGCUGUCAGUCAGUCUGUCACUCAAGAGUGCUGUAGCCACCAUUCUUCUCUUGCUUUGCUCCUUCGCUGUUUCUGGAGGCUGACCAAGAGGGGUUACCUCGUGCAGGAGACGUGUGUGUCUGGUUCGGGUUAACAGGAUGUAUCUGGUUGUAGAAGCCAUUGAGGAGGCCAUGAUGAAGAUGCUACCUUAUUUUGUGAAGAAUGCAGUGUUGACCCAGAGUGAGAUAAACCGCAUCCUGAGUGAGAGCUUCUUCAUGGUGAAGGGUGCUGCUCUCUUUCUGCAGCAGGGAAGCAGUCACCAGGGCCAGAAAGCACAUCCUCAUCACAAACAUGCAGGUGACUUACCUCAACACCUGCAGGUGAUGAUAAACAUUCUUCGAUCAGAGGACAGAAUCAAACUGGCGGUACGGCUGGAGAGUGCAUGGUCAGAUCGUGUGCGGUACAUGGUGGUGGUGUACACCAGUGGGCGACAAGACACAGAGGAGAACAUCCUUCUGGGAAUCGACUUCACCAACAAAGACUGUAAAAGCUGCUCGAUAGGCAUGGUGCUACCUCUGUGGAGCGAUACAAAGAUCCACUUGGAUGGAGAUGGGGGUUUUACUGUGAACACGGCAGGUCGGACUCAUGUCUUCAAACCCGUGUCAGUGCAGGCUAUGUGGUCAGCCCUGCAGGUUCUGCACAAAGCAUGUGAGGUUUCACGCAGGUAUAACUAUUUCCCUGGAGGAAUGGCUCUUACCUGGAUUGGCUACUAUGAGAGCUGCAUUGCUUCAGACCAGAGCUGCAUCAACGAGUGGAACGCCAUGAAGGACUUGGAGACCACACGACCAGACUCGCCCACCAUGUUUGUCGACAAGCCUUCAGAGAGAGAGAGGACAGAGUGCCUUAUUAAAGCAAAACUCAGAAGCAUCAUGACGUGCCAGGACCUUGAGAACGUCACCUCCAAACAGAUCCGUACAGAGUUGGAGCAACACAUGAACUGCAACCUUAAGGAAUACAAAGAGUUCAUUGAUAAUGAGAUGCUGUUGAUCCUGGGUCAGAUGGACAAAGCCACCCUCAUCUUUGACCAUGUCUACCUGGGCUCUGAAUGGAAUGCAUCUAAUUUGGAGGAGCUGCAAGAGUCAGGGGUGGCCUAUAUACUCAAUGUAACCCGAGAAAUAGACAACUUCUUUCCAGGCACAUUCAGUUAUCACAACAUACGCGUCUACGAUGAAGAGGCCACCGACCUGCUUGCUCACUGGAACGACACAUAUAACUUCAUUGUUAAAGCAAAAAAGAACCGCUCCAAGUGUCUCGUUCACUGCAAGAUGGGUGUCAGUCGGUCUGCCUCCACCGUCAUCGCUUAUGCCAUGAAGGAGUACGGCUGGUCGCUAGAGAAAGCUUAUAACUUUGUCAAGCAAAAGAGGAGCAUCACGCGACCCAACCCAGCUUUCAUGAGACAGCUGGCAGAAUACGAAGGCAUUUUGGAUGCCAGUAAACAACGGCACAACAAGCUCUGGCAUCCAGACGGAGACUGUGAGAUGGCCGAGGGACAGCAGGGAAUGGCUCAGUGCUGCAGAGGAGAGGAGGGAGGCAUCCUGACUCCAGAUCCAGGAAUGUCUCCCUGCUGUGAGGAAGCACUAUCUGAUAAAGGUGCAGCGUGCCCCUCCCCAUGCAGGACUGUUCCCCUGGAGAACGACCCAGCCUACAACAACUAUUACUUCCGCCGUCUCUCUGACUCUGCGCUGGACAGUGAACCAUCAACACCUGUGCGCGGCCCUCCCCUUCUCGGCAUGGAGAAGGUCUUUAUAGAAAUUGAGGAUGUGGAAAGGGAUGCUCUGCUGGAUGACGAGGCCUUUGAUGGCCGUGAGGGCUUGCCGCUCCCCCACUUUGGGCCGACGGCAGAGGGGACUGCGGCCCAGACCUGCAGUCGCGGUCCGGAGCCCCUUGAGGAGCUGCGUCUGAGGCUGGAGUUCAGCACAGUGGAGGAGGAGGAUGAGGAGGACGUGCAAAAGGAGGAGGCAGAGAUGGAGGUAUUAAUGCAGCCAGAUGAUGAAGGCGGUGGUGAAACGCAAGAUGUCGAAGUAGAGGGUAAUGGGAUGGACCUGGCAAGUCUCAAUGAAAAUUCCAACAAUAACAACCAUUUCAGCACUCCAUGCAACUACAAUAAAAAAGCUUCCUCCAUCCUUCUUCCAGCCGAUGCUUCUACGCCACUGCCUUGGUGUGAUCAGACCAAGUCUUAUCUGAAACGAGAUUCUCCAAACUUGGCUUCUAAGCGUUGCCUUAACCUGACUCCUCCCGAAGUCCCAAGUGCUUCAUUCCUACAGUCCCAUACCUCAUCUGAAGGCCUCAGAUCCUCAGUGGGACUGCGGUGCCCCUGUGGGCCUCUGUGUGACUGUGCCAACUGUGCUGCCUCCCCAACCAAGGCUCCACUUGAAAGAGAGGAACGGCUUGGAGAAUCACUGCAGUUAGUAGAGCCUGAGCAUAAUGGGGAGUUCUCUGAAGUAAAGACUGAGCUUGAUGAGAGUCAGUCUGCUAGUGCCUCAGAGGCUCUCCCUGAGCUGAUGAAAAUCGAUUCUGAGGAAGACAAGCCUGCAGUGGCUUGCUACCUUGGCCAACAACAGGAGACCCUUUUACAGCUGCGACAAUCUGGGUUGGUCCGCCGCCGUGCAGAGAGACUAGAGAGACUUGCGGGUUUAUCUCAGGAAAGCCUGAACUCUCUGAAGCCUUUGCACGGAUGCCAAAUGUCCCAAAAGAGUCCCUUUCACACUGAGGAGGACGAGGAGUUCUCCAGCGACUUCGUUAAAUCUUCAACGCCAUGCCAAGUGCGGUUAGAGCCACUGGUCGUGCCACUGACCAAUGAAGCCUUGUUGGGGGUGGUGGGGUCUGGGCUGCUUACACCCACCUCCUCGCCUCACGGCUCCACCUUGACACGCAGCUCCAGCAGCGACAGCCUGAGGAGCGUGAGGGGGAAGCCUGGCCUCGUACGCCAGAGGGCACAGGAGAUCGAGACCCGCAUGCGGCUAGCAGGCCUUACUGUGCCCUCGAGGCUGAAGCGGUCCAACUCGCUGGCCAAGUUGGGCAGCCUCAACCUGUCCUCCGAGGACCUGUGUUCAGUCUGCUCCUCAGAUGCAGGAACACUCCUGCUCCUCUCACUGUCGCCAGAGCCAGACCCCAGCUUGGACUGGGACUCCCCAACCACCUCUGCGCUAUCCUGGCCCCGCAAGGACUUGCACACUCCAGAGAGGGCACGACCAGGUGAACCUAGAAGCUGACAAAUCAAGUGGAGGCUGUGUACGGUCCACUCAUCCCCUCUUCUGUCACCCUGCGGGGCUGAAGAAGGUUGUACAGAUUCUGGAAACGGGAAAGGGUCGAGUCUGAGAAAAUAAAAAGAAAGCCAACUGUUGUUAUAAGGAGUGUAUGCUCUCCUUUGCCACAUUGUUUCUCAAACUGCUGUUCACAGUGAUGAAAGUCAUAUUGCUGUAUCUGAGAAGUGUGUAAAGCCAUCAGUUCACCUCUAAGUUGUUUGAUUUAUGGACAAACAAGUGCCUUACCUACGAGACCAGAGGCACAGAGCUGUGUGUUCGUCCGCAGAACGAGACGGUACAGUGAUCUGUAACCUUUAAUUUGGUGUCCACUGGCACUUAUCUUAUUUUUAUCUGUCGGGUACAAAGUGGUAGCCUACAUUGAUGAACUUGAUUCCCUCAAAGAGCUUCACAUAAAGCAAACUGUUGAAUAAACAUAGUUGUUUACCACACGGUUUAUGUUUAAGAUGCUAGCGGGUUGUAAAAUUAAUGGUUACCUCAUGUUGUGUUCAUGGAGCUUUUGCGCACAUGAACGCCAAGCAAGAGUUCAAGUCAGUUCAGUUGCUGAUGUCUAGUUAAAGUGAGGAAAUCAGUUUGGUUUUUAAAUCCAUUUUAAUGCAUUUACUAUGUGUUAGUCCCUGAGUGAGUGAAUGGGAUGAGAGUAGAGAGGAGAGGUAACUUUUUGCCAGAGGCACGCUCACUGUUCUCAACAAACAGAAACAUUUCUGAGUUUGUUGUUCCUUUGCACUGCUUUUUUAUUGAGUGAAUACUGGUACACAACAAGCUAUCUUCCAAAAUAACAUUGGAGUAAUGUUAUUGACCUCAUCAUUCCCUACAAUGUUCACUGUUCUUGGGAAAGCGGAGUGUGGAGUCACACUACAUGGCUGAAAAUCAUAAAGCGUGACAGAAACUGGGGGUUUAUGACAGCUAAAGUUAGCUGAACAUUCUUGACAAAACAACAGAAAACAUUACAUUCUUUACCUUAAAAUUAUUUAAGGGUUGCCAACAUUUUUAGCUCACAUUUUUUUUUUUUUACUAUUUUUUUUUUCCCCAUGUGAAAGACCAAAGUGUUUUUGUUGGUGUUUUUUUUUUUUUUUUUUUUUUUUUUAAGUUUUUAAGUUUUUAAAUUUUGGCUGUCUUAAAUAGGAAAUGCCGUUGAAGCUGUAUAAAACAUGUGAAUCAUAACGUCAAUCACGUACAUAUUUAAAUGCUGUCACAUCUGUUUUGCACCUUUUGGGAGAAACAAAAGAGACUCGUUGGAGUCACCGGGCUCAUAGCUGUUAAGCUUUUACACUCAUAUCAUUAAUGAGUUCUGAAGCUUUUGUCACACUGACGUGACAGCGAUCACAGUAGGUUACUUCAUGGUUUGGUAACCAUUUUCUUUUUAUAUUUAAGUAUGCAGUAAUUUUUGUACUGUACAUUGCUGUAGUUUGAAUGCAUAUUGCACUUUUUAUGUUGGUAAAGAUACUGUACUGUAUGUGUUAAUUAUGGAAAUAAACAUUUCUUUUACAUAA